GCUUUCACCUUUGACCCGAGCGAGCCAGCCUCUUCCAUUUGUUGACUGUUUGAUGUGAUUGCGCGCCGCUGUCUGCACAAAAAAAAAAUUGACGCUCAUUAUCCUAUCCCUAUCGUUCAAGGAAUUGCGAUAACGAUUUGGUGGCAGCUCAAAAUAGACUUCAGCUCCCGUUUGUCUCUAAAAUCACCAGAUUUUCCAUUUCCUGGUUGCGCGGCCCUUUGUCUCUCUCUCUCUCUCCACCUCUCUCAUAUCUAAUUGACGUCAGCGCGACCCCCACCAAUCAACUGAGCUACCCUUGCCUAUCAGCCAGAGCGACGGGAGGUCUGUGUGCCGUAUCGCCGCAUAAGCAUUUCUCUCGACCGAGAGAGCUCGAGAGACACCUCAACAAGCCCCUUCCACACAGCAUCACCCCCGUCGGCUCCGAGCUUGAACUUCCACCUGCUCCUGCUCCUGCUCCUGCUCCCUUUGCGAAAAAAGCCAGCAAUUACCUGCUUCCUGCUUUUAUUCGACACGCCGCCCGCUGCUUGAUACUAUCUAUACCCACGGAUACCGUCAAAGCGAACUCUCUGUUCUCACCAAUCAGCAGCAUCCCGCAGCCAUGGGCACUUUCACCUUCAAGUGGCCCCAUGAUGCCGAGGAAGUCUACGUGACAGGCACCUUUGACGACUGGAGCAAGAGCGAGCAGCUUGACCGCGUUGGACAGAUCUUCCAGAAGACCGUAACGCUACCGAAGACCUCGGAAAAGAUUUACUACAAGUUUGUCGUCGACGGAGUUUGGACUACAGACCACACGGCGCCUCAGGAGAAGGAUCACGAAGGCAACGAAAACAACAUUUUAUUACCCAAGCAAAUAAUGGCGGACAAGGUAGAAGAGGCCGGCCCCGCCACGGCCACCAUCAACACAGUCACCCCCGAAUCCACCACCGCUCAAUUGGCCGCUGUCGUCCCCUUGACGGCCGACAAGGAGCCCACAGCUGCCGCGGGGGAGAAGAAGAAGGAGGAGGUUGCUGCUCCGGCUGAGGAGCAGAAGUCUGCCGAGGUUUCGCCUCCCGGCACCUAUCCCGAGACUCCUCUUGCCGAGCUCGACAAGCAGGUCAAGGUUGACCCCCUCCCCGCCGCCAUUGGCGCCGUCAACCCCAUCUCGUUGCCGGCUGGUGAGCCAGUUCCCGGCACUGCCAGAGUUGAGGCCAUCGACAGCCACGUCACCUUGGACGAGGAGUCGUACGAGAAGUCUGAUCGUAUUCCCGGAAUGGAGACCGAGCUUCCCCCAGUCACCAGCACCAUGAUCCCUGAGUCCAGCCUGCCAGUCGCUGGCGCUAAUGAUGUCACUAUUAACACCGUUGGUCCCGACUCCACCACAGCCACUCUUGCCGCCCAGGCUCCCCUGGAAGGCAAGGUGCCCGAAAUCGUCAAGCACAGCCAAGAAGAGGCCCAUGUUGAGCCUGAGGCCAGCGCCAUCGAGGAGGAGGUGAAGGAGAAGGCUGCCGUCGAGGAGGAGCUUCUUCAGAAGGUUCCCGAGGUCCCUUCCACUUCCGAGGGCACUGCGGGUGUGGGCACCGACAAGUCGGAGAACGACAAGUCAGUGGCUGAGACUGUCGCCGCUGUUGCUGCCACCGCCGGCACUGCUCUCCUCGGUGCUGCCGUCGUUGCUGCCCAGAACGCCGGCGAGGUUGCUACCGAAGUCGCCCACAAGGUCAGCGAUGUUGCUGCUGACUACGCCGCCAAGGCUCCUGAGGUUGCCAGUGACGUCGCCCAGAAGGCUACCGAGGUUGCUAGCGACGCCGCCCAGAAGGCGAGCGAGGCUGCUGCCAACGUCACUACCCAGGCCACCGAGACUGCCACCGAGGCUACCCAGAAGGCGACCGAAGUCGCUACCGAUGCCGCUACCAACCUUCCCGAUUCCGUCAAGGAGGUCCUUCCCGAGUCUGUUCAGCAGACCAUCACCGAGGCCCAGCAACAAGCGGUUGAGGCCAAGCAAGAGGAGAUUGUGGAGAACCUGGCCCCUGAGGUUCCUGCCCCUGUGAAGGAGUCCCUCAAGGAGGCUCUCGAGAGCCCCGAGGCUGCGGCCAACACUGCUGCUGUGGAGGAGAAGGCUGCUGUAGAGGCUGAGCUUUUGAAGGAGGUGAAGCCUGCAGAUUCCAUUGAGGAGUCUGCCGCCAAGGCCCAGGCGUACAUCAAGGCCGAGGAAGCUAAGGCGGAAGAGGAGGCCAAAGCUGCUGCUGCCGCGAAGGUUGAGGAAGAGACCAAGGUUGUCGCUGAUGUUGUUCCUGUUGAGGUCAAGGAGUCUUUGGAGAAGGCUGGCGAGAGCCCAGAGGCUGCUAGCAAUGCUGCUGCGGUUGAGGACAAGAGGGAGGUCGAGGCCGAACUCUUGGAGGAGGUCAAGGCUGUCGAGCCAGAGCCCCUCAAGAUUGAUGCGCCAAAGCCCGUCGAGGAGACCAAGGCUGCCGAUACUGCUGUGGUCGUUGAGCCACCUGCUGCCGCUGAGGAGGUCCAGGCUGUCGACGCUGCCCCGGCUGCCGUGCCAGUUGCUGCUGAGCCUGCGUCCAUCAGGGCUGUUGAGCUCCCCCCAGCUGCUGAAGAGCCCAAAGUUGAGGAAACCAAGGUUGUGGAGCCCAAGGUUGAGGAGGCCAAGGUUGCUGCUGAGGGUGAGGCUACCACUUCUGCCGUUCCCGCUACUACCACCGAAGCCACCACCACUGCCACCGAGGCCACCGCCGAGGAGGCCAAGCCCGCUACCAAUGGAAGCACACCUGCUGCUGAUGCCGCGGCCACGGAUGCCGCCGUUGCCGAGGCCACGGGUGCUGAUGCCACCCUCACCAAGACCACCACGGCCGACAAGAAGAAGAACAGAGUUAGCGGCUUCUUCGCCAAGCUGAAGCAGAAGUUCUCUGGGCAUUAAGCCUCUUUUCAGCAGAGUUGUGUCUUUUGAUUCAGGACUUGGGCGUUUAAAUCAGCUUGUUUUCUAGCUCGGGGCUGCUACUUUCCUAUCUUCCUGUUUUCUCUCUCAUGAUUCCCCCCCUGGUUUGCAAGGUGGAUGUUCCGUACAUAUGUCAUAGGCUGAGGGCAUUCGUUGUUUCAGAAAAGCAUUGGUCGGGAUUGUUAUUAUCCGGAACGAGGUCUUCUGAUGGGGCUCUUUGCCUGUGUUGCGUCGGUGUCAUCGUUGGUGGUGGAGUGCGUGGUGGAUAAAGGAACGAAAGACUCGUCUAUAGUUUGGCGGACUUGGUUCAUAUACAACAAGGUGAAAGAACGGGAUGGGUUAUGUUUUUGUUUUCGAUUGUGGGAGGAAGUUUGAUUGAGUGUGGUGGGUUGUUUGGGUGGUUCGCGAUAUCCAAGGCCCGGUUGUUUCUACUCAGGGUCGUUCAAUGGGGACUUUUCUUGUGUUUUCAAGGUCAUGCCCCGUUAAUGUCUGGUUUGGUUGUAUGCUGGUAGCUACCUACAAUGUUCCUAUAAUAAACUGUCGUUUUAAACCCAAUUUUGAGUGGAGAUUAAGCCAGGGUGAUAGAAAGCAAGUAAGUCAUCAGGAUGUAACUCUUUGCCCGUUUUUGCUAUAUAAA